UGAAAUUCACGCGCCAAGCCUUCAAUGACUUCACCUUACGAAUUGACUUGUCGAAGUCUUCACCUUCCCAAAACACUCUCAUACACACACUCGCACUUCAUUUUCUUUUAUUUUCAGUUCAAUCAUCACAAAUCCCCCCAAAAUGCAUGCUUUUACUUGAAUCAGUGCAACCUAAUUUUGGAAUUUUCUUCUUUAAUCAGAAUCAAGGAAACAUGAAUCAUUUUGAUAAUGACGAAGUUCCAAUUCUGCCAAUAACACGUGCACAACGAUCCGAUGAACCUGAGAGUUCUUCAUUUCGAAGAAACAUAUUUAGGACACGAAGUGCCUCAAUGUCUAUUCCUAUGGUUUCUUUGGAUCAUCCAUAUGACAGACAACCAAAUCUUGUCGGACAUACUGGUCCGCUUCGUACGGUGAGGAAAACUCCGUUUAACCAAAUGAGCGGUCCACUACAUGCUACUUCCGCUACUGGAAAUCCUUUUCAGAAUAGUUUAGUAGUGGCGCGAAACACUGUAGGAGAGAACAAGACAGAUGAAAAUCAUUGGGAGAAUGACUAUGACAGAAAAAAUGAACACUUGUUGAGGUCCGGACAACUCGGAAUGUGUAAUGAUCCUUAUUGCACAACUUGCCCAACUUACGUCAAAGUUUCUGAGCAAAGAAGACCAAGCGGUUCCGCCAUAUUUGAUCCCAAGUUCCACAAUUCUCUUUAUGGUGAUGCCAAAGGUUUUGGAAGAAAAUUUCUUUCUUUCUGCUUUUCAUGUACUCCUGGAGUGAUGAACCCUCACACUAAAUUUGUACAACAAUGGAACCAGUUUUUGGCCAUAUUUUGCUUGGUCGCAAUUUUUGUUGAUCCAUUAUUUUUCUUCUCAAUCUACGUGGACAAGCAUAUUUUAAGAAUCGUUAUCGAUUGGGGAGUGGCAUAUAUACUUGUUUUACUUAGAAGCAUAACUGAUGUUGUGUAUUUCUUGAACAUUCUUCUCCAGUUUAGGUUGGCUUAUGUUGCUCCUGAAUCAACGGUGGUUGGUGCUGGAGAUUUAGUUGACCGUCCCAAGGAAAUUGCUAUUAAUUACUUUAAACGUUAUUUUUUCUUCGACUUAUUUGUUGUAUUACCUCUUCCUCAGAUAAUAAUAUUGUUUAUCCUACCAAAUCACUUGUGGUCUUCAGGAGCAAAUUAUGCUAAGAAUCUUCUACGUCUAGCCAUCCUAGUACAAUAUAUUCCUAGAUUGUUCAGAUUUUUGCCUCUACUAAUUGGCCAGUCUCCAUCCGGACUCAUAUUCGAGUCGGCUUGGGCAAAUUUCAUUUUAAAUCUUCUUAUUUUUAUGCUAUCUGGCCAUGUUGUUGGUUCGUGUUGGUACCUCUUCGGUCUACAGAGGGUUAACCAAUGUUUGCGAGAUAAAGGUAUCACCAAUGCUUGUGUAAAUGCAACAUCUGGUGUUUUUUCUUAUGGAAUAUAUGCCAAUGCUGUACCACUUACUAUAGAAACUAAUGUGAUCAACAAGUAUGUGUAUGCAUUGUUUUGGGGAUUCCAGCAAAUCAGUACUCUGGCUGGCAAUCAAGUCCCAAGUUAUUUUGUGUGGGAAGUCCUCUUUACAAUGUCCAUCAUUGGAUUGGGACUCUUGCUUUUUGCUCUUCUCAUUGGAAACAUACAAAACUUUCUUCAAGCUCUUGGACGAAGGAGGCUGGAAAUGCAACUUAGAGGCCGUGAUGUUGAGCAAUGGAUGAGUCAUCGUCGCUUACCAGAAGAUCUCAAAAGGAGAGUACGACAGGCUGAAAGAUAUAGUUGGGCUGCAACAAGAGGUGUUCCUGAGAAAAUGGUUUUGGAGAAUUUGCCAGAAGAUCUUGUGACAGACAUACGACGUCAUCUCUUCAAGUUUGUUAAAAAAGUUCGUAUUUUUUCCCUGAUGGAUGAGGAUGAGCCUAUCUUAGAUGCCAUUUGUGAGCGACUAGUACAAACAACCUACAUCAAAGGAAGUAAAAUUUUGAGUCAGGGCGGUCUAGUGCAGAAGAUGGUGUUUAUUGUGCGUGGAAAAUUGGAGAGCAUUGGAGAAGAUCGAAUUCCGGUUUCGUUAUCUGAAGGAGAUGCUUGUGGUGAAGAACUUCUUAGAUGGUAUCUUGAACAAUCUUCCGAAAGCAAAGUUUCUCAUGUAGAAGGUAAAAAAGUAAAGCUUCAAGGAAAGGGGUUGACUAGUGACAGAACAGUAAAAUGCUUAACCAAUGUGGAGGCUUUUUCUCUUCGCGCAAAAGACAUUGAAGAAGUCACAAUUCUUUUUGCAAGAUUCUUGCGGAGCCCUCGUGUUCAAGGAGUCAUAAGGUAUGCGUCGCCUUAUUGGAGAUCUCUUGCAGCAAACAGAAUUCAGGUGGCAUGGAGAUACUGGAAGAAGCGUCGAAGUAGCUCUCAUACCAGACAAACUGAUUAUCAAACAUUGAACUCAUAGGCUAUCUGUACUCUAAUGUAUGUAAUCUCUAUUCUCUAGUCCUUGGAAUAGAACAGUGGUGUGCUGGUAUGCUGAUAGGGAGUUAUGAAGUAGGUGUCAUAUAUUGAACGUACUGUAUAUAUGUAAGUAAAUCCUUAAAUUGAUCAUUAUAAGGAAUGAAAAAAAAUGUAUUUUAAGAACUCAAAGCAUCUGUUUUAUUAAUCUUAUAUAGUGUGUUUAAAAUAAAUUUAUCUAUUUAUAGUUCCUAAAAUCUAAGGUUGAGUUAUAGGAGUACUUGAGAGAUAGUUUGAAAGACGAGAACACCAGCGGCUCCAUAGAGGAAGUCGCGUGUGCAAACACUUUGAUGACCUAAGUCAGUAAGAGUGGUGAUGUGAAGGUUUUAGGGCUUAAAAUAGUGUACUUAAACAUGAGUCAUAAGUUAAAUUUUAUAGGAGAAGGAUCAUAGUUUCUAGGACCUUAAAUCCUAAUCGGACAGAUAAUUUAGAUUACAUUUGCAGAUAGAUAAUGACCUGAUCUUCAUCACAUGGCUCUGAUUUGAUCAUUGGACCUGCUAUGGUAUGCCUUUAAGAUGUGGCCAUGGUUUGGUCCCAGGUUGGCGGUUUUGGAGGGAUUUGUUAUAUAUUGGAUUGGAAAAAUUCAUGAUAGUGUCCCCAUGCAUUUAGUUGAGGAAGUGAGCUGAUGGUUUGAGUUCAAACUACUUAUUCUCGCAAGUGAUCGUACCUAAUCUUUUCCCUGAACCAAAACAGAAACGUGAUCAAAUCUAAAGGGGAAAUCUGGCCCUUAUUGGUGAUUGGCGUAGACAGAAACGUGAUCGUAAACGGAUGUAUGAUAAAUACUAUACUAGAAUCAAUUCAUGCACAAUCACCGCUUCACAACUUUUAAACAACAUUUAUCACAACAAAAUCAUCA